UUCUUAUCUCUCACCAAACGACUUCUUGACGUAUUCGAGCGUAGCUGUAGACCUACUCGGCAUUAAGUCGUCAUGUCGUCUCCAAGGCUUCCUGAUUUUGACGACCUGCCAAAGAUUGAUGGAAUGCCUCAAGGAUGUGCUUGGGGACUAUUUGAUAAGGACGGCAAAAAGGAUGUCUUCGGGACAAUCAACCUUCUGACCCAAGACGUUGUUCGAGAUGCAUACGCGGAAGCAAGGGACGGCGUCUCUAUAUCGUUGAACUGGUCCCUCGGCGCGAUAGCUACACCAGGCUUCUUACGUAAGGGACUAAAGCACAAAGUAAUUGCCUUAGCAAACACUCCACUGAAUUGCCACGGCUUCGACGAAGAGAUCGAGUUCAACACACAAUGCAGCUCUCAAUGGGAUAGCCUUGUUCACUUCAACCACCAACCGACAGCAAAAGCGUACAAUGGUGUUCAACCAACUGUAGAGGAACUCACCCAAGAUUUUGGCCACUUUGACAAGGAGCAAAAGAUACCGACGUUAAAUCAUUGGCACUCACGAGGCUGUAUCGUUGCACGCGGCGUCCUCAUUGAUUAUAAGCUCUGGGCUGACCAGAAUGGUAUUGAUUUUAGCCCGUUCGAGGAUAAACGUAUCACUAUCGCAGAAAUUGAGAAGGUCGCAAAGGCUCAGGGCACUGAGUUCAAACAAGGCGAUGUAUUUAUUAUUCGCACAGGUUUCACGGAGGCUUUAGAUACUCUAGAUGCGGAAAGCCAAGCUAAGGCAUUAAGUGCUCAUACAGCAGUUGGUGUCGAAGGCAGUGAGGAUUCUGCGCGAUGGUUUUGGAACAAACAUUUUGCUGCUGUUGCCGGUGAUGCUAUUGCUUUUGAGACAUAUCCUUCUCUUAUAAAUGGGAAACGAGGGGAUGUUGGUGACCUUGUGCUUCACCAAUACUUCUUAAGUCUAUUCGGCUUACCUAUCGGAGAGCUCUGGGACUUGAAGGCACUCAGUGAACACUGCGCAAAAACUGGGAGAUACACCUUCUUACUCACAUCAUCGCCUCUGAAUGUGUUCGGCCACGUUGGAGGCCCCCCAAAUGCUUUGGCUUUAUUCUAG